CCAGCUCUGCUUCGUUCAGCUCACACUGGAAACCACGCACAGAUACACACCUCUCAGAAGAAAAGCCUUACAUUUUCAUUGAAUUCAAAGGAAUGGCAGCCACUCUUUCCGUCCGCCCCAACAAUCUUUCUGGCGGCGCUGCCUUUCCUACGCCGCCAUGUCACCGUCUUCGUUCGAACUUCAUCGGAAAAUUGAGUCUAUGGAAAGGCGUUAGCAUUUCACAAACCUCUCGAACGCCGACGAUGACGGCCACGCCGGUGCAAGCGGGCUCGAGAGCCGAUGACUCUGCGCCGUUCGAGAUGUCCGUGGAAAACGCUCUCAAGGUCCUCGGAGUUUCCGAUGCGGCUUCGUUCGAUGACAUUCUUCGUGCUAGGAAUUCGAUUUUGGCUGCUUGCAACGACGACCAAGAAACAGUGGCGCAGGUUGAGGCUGCAUAUGACAUGUUGCUAAUGCGGAGCUUGACUCAGCGACGAGCAGGAAAAGUUGUGAGUAGUGGGAUCCUUUAUGCUGAUGCCAAACCCAUCAAUGACCCAAAGAUUCGCCUAAUGCCUCAGUGGCUGAAGUCUACAAGGAAGAACACACAAUUGUCUAUUGAAACGCCAACCAUUAGUAAUUUUGGCAUACAAGCAGGUGUAUAUGGAGCUUUGAUGGUUUUAACUUAUGUAAAUGGAGCAGCCACAUCUACUACAAUGACAUAUGAUGGAGCUGAUGUUCCUGGACUAAUCUUAGCAAGUAGUUGUGGAGCUUCCUUGUAUUUCAUGACCAAAAGGAAUGUGAAGCUUGGAAAAGCAUCCAUCAUAGUCAUAGGUGGGCUUGUGGCAGGUGCAGUAGUUGGUUCAGCAGUUGAGAAUUGGUUGCAAGUUGACGUCGUUCCAUUCCUCGGCUUACGUUCUCCAGCCGCUAUGAUAAGUGAAUUUAUCAUCUUCUCUCAACUUUUCGUCUCUCUUUACUUGGGUUAGGGAUGAGAUAGGCUCUGGAUUUAUAGUCAAAUCUCCAUAACAAUGUAAAUUCAUUCACAUGUUCAUACGUUAGCAUUUUUGAGGAUGUGUAUCAUUUCAUAUUGUACAAAGGGGAAACAGAACAAAAAUUCUUGACAUAGUUAUGAUCAAUUUACUGUUCAGGAAGUGUUCUGGUAGGUGUCCAUGUUAUCCCUCUGAGAAAGUUUUUGAAACUUGUUAACUCUGCAGAUAUCGAUUCUGUUCAAUGCUGAUUUAGCCUGUGUCUGCAAUGUAAGAUUCCAGUUUGAGUUGUAGAUUAUGGAAGUGAAAAGAAUACAGUCCCAAGUAGUUGUACUGGUUUUAUAGAGAA